UGCGCAGUGCGAACAAGCUUUGACAGAGGUAGCUAGUUCUCGCCAUGUUUCGCUCAGCGCCGCCGCGACGCCUUUUAUAAACUCACUGCACUCUUCCUUUUUUUCUUUCUUGCCGUUAUAAGCGCUAAUACGGCCUUAUACACGGUCUGGAAUUUAUUCUACCGCCGAAUGGUGCACGUGCGGGGUCAGCUAAUACGUUGGUGUCAUUUUUAAAUAAACGAAACAUCAUCACUGUGUCAGGGCCACGCAAUGCACCAUGGAGGAGGUCCACCAAAUGCACAGCGAAAUCCGCAGAGGUCCAAAUCGUUCACGGGCUCUGAAGCAGAGGAGCAGCAACAGCAGCCGAUCACAGUCACACAACAACAACAAGCCGCAGCUGUCACUCACCCGCAGUCCCCGGUGACGACGUUCACCACGGCAGCAAGCCCAGCAGUCUCAGCGCCUCAGUCCCCCAACUACCAGAUCAUCAUGAGCCGGAGCCCCAUCACCUUGCAGAACCAGCAGAUCACACUGACGCCGCUACCUGUGCCAAAUCCCGCUUCGCCCAGCUUCCAGCACCAAGCUCCUCAGUGGCGGUUCGAGCACGGCUCGUCUUCGUACAUCCAAGUGACUUCUCCCCUUCCUCAGCCGAUUCAGUCUCAGAGUCCAACACAGCACAGCCCUGUCCCCCUGCAGGCCGUGACCAGGUCGGGCGCCACUCUCGGGGUGUGUGCGCAAAGCCCUACACGCUUCGUCGAUGCUGGGAUCAUGGUGCGCCAGAUUAACCUCAGCAAUCCGCCUGGGAGUGGACACUUCGUGUACCAGGAUAACACUGGCUUGACGCAACUGGCUUCGACAACAGUGGGCACGGUGCAGCUGGCCACUCCAGCCGGCACACCGGCGUCCGUGAGAGAGAGACGCCUCUCUCAACCCCACUCUCAGACCGGCGGCACUAUCCAUCACCUGGGCCCUCAGAGUCCCGUGGCAUCCGGAGCCGCUCUGCCGGCCUUAACCAGCCCCGGUCACAUCACCACAUCCAACCUUCCUCCUCAGAUCAGCAGCAUCAUCCAGGAACAGCUUCGGCCCGGCGUCACAGGGGUCACGGCGUCUGGAAUGACGUCUUUCGGCGCAGUCCCUCCCUCCAGUCCUUCUCGGAGUACCGCAAACCCGCCACUGACUCCCAAAAAGGUUCAGCCGAAGAAGCUGGAGGAGAUAGCACCCCCUAACGCCGAGGUGGCUCAGCUGAGGAAGCAGUGUCUGGAGCAUCACAACAAGAAGAUGGACAGCAUGAAGGACGUGUUCAAGGACUACCUGAUCGAGCUCUUCUUUCUGCAACACCUGCAAGGCAACAUGAUGGACUACCUGGCCUUCAAGAAGAAGCCGUGCGUGCCGCUCUUCACCUACCUGAGGCAGAAUGAUCUCGACCUCGAGGAUGAGGAGGAAGAAGAAGAACAAUCCGAAGUCAUCAACGAUGAGGGACACUGUGUGAGCGUUGCAUGUACGUCUGUUUCUAUGACAACCACUCAGGUGAAAGUAGUGACGGGAAAGGAUGGCCAGACGGUGACCCCCGUCGCCAUAGCCACCCAGCUCCCACCCAACGUGUCGGCGGCGUUCUCCACCCAGCCGCAGUUUCAGGCUCAUCCUGGUUCUGCAGGCGGGAACAUUUCCAAUCCCGUGGACAUGGAAGCCUUCAAACGACAGCAGGCUCUCGCUCAAGCAGGUGGCAUGCCUCCGACGCCACAGGCCGUCCAGAUAGGGGGGCAGAACCAGAACCAGCAGCAGUACGACCCGUCUAAAGGCCCCCCGGUGCAGAACGCUGCCAGUCUCCACACUCCUCCGCCCCAGCUCCCUGGUCGAAUUCCCCAAGCCACGCUUCCUAUGGCCACUCUGCCUCUAGCUCUCUCUCAGGCUCAGCCCGUGGUGCUGGAGCAGCAGUGCCAGGCACCGGGAGGGCAGCUCCAGGGCCAGGUGAAGCUACAGGGGGCAGGGGCUGUGCUGACUGCAGUGAACCCACACCCACAGCUGCAGAUGCAGCUCCAAAUACAACAGCAGCAGACGCAGCCGGUCAUGCAGCCUGGACAGGCCACCGUAACGCUGGUCCGACCCGGAGCGGAGACGACCCAACCAGCUCAGCGUCUGAUACCCAACCCCAUGUCCUCCUCCAUCAUGUCCACCACACCUUUAUCCUCUUUGCCCACCCCUCUCCCGUCCACUCCCGUCAGGACUCCCGUGCCUCACACGCUCUCCCCUGCCUCGCACUCCAAACUCACGGCCUCCAACGGCACUACGGCGCUGAAGAUCUCCACGCUGAACCAGGGCUCGGCUGCAAAUAGCGUCCAGGAGAGCCCCCAGGACAAGCAGGCGGAGCAGGCUAAACUGGAGAGCCAAGUGCAUCAGCGCAUCGCUGAGCUGAGAAAGGAGGGUCAGUGGUCUGCUAGCCGGCUGCCUAAACUUCAGGAAGCCAGCAGGCCCAAAUCCCACUGGGACUACCUACUGGAGGAGAUGCAGUGGAUGGCUGCCGAUUUCGCGCAGGAGAGACGCUGGAAGAUGGCCGCCGCCAAAAAGUUGGUGCGCACUUGUGCCCGUUAUCAUGUCGAGGUGAAGAAAGCUGAGGAGAGGAAGAAGAUGGAGGAGGAGCUGCGGUUGAGAAACAUCGCCAGCGUCAUCGCACGUGAAGUGGACUACUUCUGGUCCAACAUCGAACAGGUUGUGGAGAUCAAACUCCAUUUGGAGAUCUUAUGCAAAAGACAGAAAGCACUCAGGCUACAGAAAUCAGGAAAUAAAGGACAGAGCAGGAAACCUGCUCCAGCUUCAGGGGAGAAGGACAGCAGGGUGGAGUCAGGGAGCACUCGUAAGAGGAAGACAAGCACGUCACUUUCGGAUGAAGAAGCUGAAGAUGAGGAGAGCACUAUAGAGGAGCAGGAGGCCAUGGAAGUGGCUGCUGAGCAAAAAGAGGAGCUUGUUGAGCUCACCAAGGAAGCCGAGGUGCCCCUGGAGGCUUUGGUGAAGAAAUACGCCGGUGCAUAUGCUGAGGGAUUCGAGUGGCCCCAGCCUGCCUGCCAGAGUGAGGAUGAGGAGAAAGAUGAAGACAUGGACAGUUGUCCAUUGGACAGUCCCCACGAGGCGGUUCUCAUCGACACGCUCUUGAGCGACGAGCAGUACCGCGGACCCGAACGGAGCAGCGGCGCCUCAGGAACCGACGGCAAACCCCUGAAGGAUAUAGCAGAAGUGUCUCGGGCUACAGACCUGAUCCUGCCCAAAGGCAGUGCUAGGACUACACCAACCACUCGUCUUCCCAUGCCCCCUCUUCUUCACGGCUCUCUGAGAGAUUACCAGCAGGUGGGCGUCGAGUGGCUGGCUAACCUGCACCGAAAACACCUCAACGGCAUUCUGGCAGACGAGACCGGACUGGGCAAGACCGUUCAGACUGUGGCCUACCUCGCUCACCUAGCCUGUCACGAAGGUAUUUGGGGCCCUCACCUGGUGGUGGUGAGAACAUGCAAGUUGCUAAACUGGGAAUUGGAAUUCAAGCGCUGGUGCCCGGGCCUCAAAAUCCUCUUGUACUUGGGCAGGAAGAGAGAGCGCAGACACAAACGAUCGUGGUGGUCCGAGCCCAACAGCUUCCACGUAUGCAUAACGUCAUACAAGCUGCUGCUCAAAGACCAGGCUCACUUCCUGAAGAGGCGCUGGAGGCACCUGGUGCUGGACGAAGUGCAGCUGAUCAAGAACAUGACCGAGAAGCACUGGGAAACCAUCUUUACCCUCAGGAGCCAGCAGAGGAUCUUGCUGAUCAACAGCCCACUACAGAACACUCUGAGAGAACUGUGGACCAUGAUCCACUUCCUCCUGCCUGGAAUCACACGCUCGUACCUGGACUUCCCCAUCCAACCUGGCGCAGACCAAAACCAGGACUACUGCCACAAACUGCUCAUCAGACUACACAGGAUGAUUCAGCCUUUCAUCCUACGUCGCUCCAAGAGAGACGUGGAGAAGCAGCUGCCUAAGAAGUACGAGCACAUCCUGAAGUGCCGUCUCUCUGCCAGACAGAAGAGCAUGUACGAGGACAUCCUGACGCAGACCAGUGCUCAGGAGGCUCUAAAGACGGGACACUUUGUAAGCGUGCUCCAGGUUCUAAUGCAGCUGCAGAGGAUCUGUAAUCACCCAGAUUUGAUCCAGAUCAGAGAGACUUCCAGCUCGUACACAUGCCAAAGCCUGCAGUACGACACGCCAUCUUUAGUGCUCACGGCUCUGCAGAAGGACCAGUGGAAGACCGUGGACUUGUCCCUUUUCGACCUGAUCGGUAACGAAGGCAGACUGACUCGCUUCGAGACCACAGAGGUUCUUCCUAAACUCCGACUGAAUCAGCAGCUCAUCGAGGAGAUCCACAGCGCACCCAACCCUCCACCCAGACCCAAAGCCUGCAAGAUCAAGCCCAUGAGGUUGUUCCAGCCAGUGCAGUAUGGGACGAAACCAGAAGGGCGUCUCGUGCCCCUGGUCAGCACUUCACAGGGCCAGCGCUCCACUGCUACCACCACUGCUACCCCCACUUCUACCCCUACUGCUGUUGCUCAGAACACCCAGGCCAGGGGCAAAUCCCCUGUUACUACCACCUCAUCGCAGGCCAGCAGCACACCAGGACUUGCUGUUGCAUCUGCUCCCUCCACUGCCACGUCUACCCAUGUGGCUUUAGGUGUAGCAGGGGUGGGUGCUGUAGCCCCCAGACCCGCUGUUGCCCCUCAGCCUCUAUCCACCCACCCCCCACCACCCCAGAGGCUGCUCCUCAGCUCCCAGGCUCGCUUGCCUAGUGGAGAUGUGGUGAAAGUGGCUCAGUUGGCGUCUAUAGCAGGCCCUCAGAGUCGGAUAGCGCAUACCGAGACCCCGGUCACGCUGCAGUUCCAGGGCAAUAAGUUCACCUUGUCACCCAGCCAGCUGCGUCAGCUCACAACGGGGCAGCCUCUCCAGCUCCAAGGAAACAUUCUGCAGAUCGUGUCCACCCCGGGGCAGCCGAUCCUCAGGCCGCCGAGCUCCUUGGUGAUGCAGUCGAUGCCUCAGCCUGUUCCUGUUCAGAACUCCACAGGCCCUCCGGUGGCCGUCCCCCCGCCCACCCCUGCACCUCCACAGGCCACUGUGGCUGCUGGUGAUACGGCGGCGAGUUCUACCCCCUCUGACACAGGGAGCAACGCCAGACCCUCUACCAAUGCUGCGCCACAAGAGUCGAGUGAAGAGAGGAAGAGGCAGCUGAAGGAGCGCCUGACUCGUCUGUUCAGUGUUAACGAGCGGCGUGUCCAGCGCUCUGUCCUGUACGGUGCUGACCUUAUCGAGGCUUGCUUCGUGACCAGGGGACGUGCUCCUCCUCCUCUCUCAGCUCCCCAGCACUCCCGCUGGACCUGGGUGGGCAGAGACGCCUGUGUGAAAGCCCAGCAGAACAGUAUUUACACCACUGACUCCCUUCGCUUGGCUCUUCGCUCUCAUACAGACAGAUUACAGGAAGAAGAAAGCCUUGCCAAAAGGCUGUCAUGUAUUCUUCCUACCGCUGUAGCCCCGCCCCCUCAGCUUUACGCAGCCAACCCACCACUGCCAUACAGUCUGGAGCAGAAGUCGUUCGUGCGUCAGCUUCGGGAAGUCUCCGCCCCCUCAAACCCAGAGAUCCGUGCUCUGGCCUGCCCGACUAUGUUUGAGCUUCCCGAUAACCACCUGCUGGAAAUGGACUCAGGCAAGUUGGAGGCAUUGUCCAUCCUGCUGCACAAGCUCAAGGCAGAGGGCAGGAGAGUCCUCAUCUUCACUCAGAUGGCCAGCAUGCUGGAUAUCCUGGAGGCCUUUCUGGACCACCGACAUUUGACGUUUGUUCGCCUGGACGAGAGUCUCAACCACCAUGAAAGACAGGAUCAGAUGAAGGCGUUCAACUGCAACAGACAGUUUUUCUGCGCCAUCCUGACCAAUCGUUGCUGCUCUGCCGUGGGCCACGUGUUUGACGCCGACACGGUUGUGUUCUAUGACACGGAUCUCAACCCCAGCAUGGACGCCCGUACGCAGGAGUGGUGCGACAAAGUCGGACGCUCCAAAGACAUUCACAUCUACAGGCUGGAGAGUGGAAACUCUAUAGAGGAGAAACUACUGAAGAACGGCACUAAGGACCUGAUCAGGGAAGUGGCAGCACAAGGCACGGACUACACACUCGCCUUCCUCACACAGCGCACCAUCCAGGACCUGUUUGAGGUAGAAGCUGGAUCUGGAGAGAAAGUAGAGGAGUUCGUCGUACUCCACCAGGAGCCGUCUCCGUCAGAAUCCAUCCCUCCGCACGUGGCCAGGCCGUACAUCCAGGCUCUCAACACCAUCACGCUGCAGACGCUUCACCCAGAGGAGGGGCUGGAGAAGAAAGUGCUAGAGAAAGAAGAGAAGCAGAUGGAGGAAGAGGAGGGUGAGGUGACUGACGAGGCUUCUCAGCUAGAAGAGCUGGCGUCUGUCGUAGAACAGUUGACUCCUAUUGAGAGAUAUGCGCUUCAUUGCCUGGAGUACCUUCACAUCAUUGAAGAUGAGGCCGUUGCUAAGGAGCGUAUCGAAGCUUCUAAACGAGUCUGGGAGAUGCGGCAGCAACAGAAGCGAAAGCGUGAAGAAGUGGAGCAGGCAGCUCUAGAAGACGAGGAAGACCUCUUCACCUACACCAGAGAGGACGCUUACAACAUGGAGUACGUGUUCGAGUCUGCAGAUGGUCAGACAGAAAUCAUGCCGCUGUGGACGCCACCGACACCGCCUCAGGAUGACAACGACAUCUACAUCGACUCCGUCAUCUGCCUCAUGUAUGACUCCGCCCCCAUGCCCGAGUCUAAACUGCCCCCAGUGUACAUCCGGAAAGAGCACAAGAGACCCAAGAUGGAUCCGUCUGCCAUGGGCCGUAAGAAGAAGAAGGGUCACGGCGAGGCGGUGAUCCCCCCGCGGUCGCUCUUCGAUAAGGCGAGCAUGUUAAAGGUGCGGCGAGAAGGAAAGGACCAGAAGAAGAACUUCUCUCUGAAGCAGCAGGCGCCGUUCGCCAAGCCUCUGCCCUCACUGGUCAAACCCACUAUGGAGCCAGGACAGGACAAUCCAGAGUGGCUCAUCAGUGAAGACUGGGCUCUGCUGCAGGCCGUGAAACAGCUGCUCGAGCUACCUCUGAACCUGACCAUCGUGUCUCCGGCUCACACUCCGAACUGGGACUUGGUGAGCGAUGUGGUCAGCUCCUGCAGCAGGAUCUACCGCUCGCCGAAACAGUGCCGCAGCCGCUACGAGAACGUCAUCAUCCCCCGUGAGGAGGGCAAGUUAAUUUAUGAAGCCAAUCCCAAAAAGAAGACCAAGAGCAUCUAUAAGACGAAGAACAGCCGCCCCCUGCGCACAUGUCAGAUCUACACCCAGGACGACAAUGCCACACAGAUCCAGCUCUACAACAACCGCUUCGAGCUCAUGAAGAUCAUCGCCAGCAAGAGGAGUCCUCCCAUCAAACCUCUGCUGGGUCUAAAUCCGUUCCAGAAGAACCCUAAACAUGCGUCCGUCUUGGCUGAAAGCGGGAUCAGCUAUGAUAAACCCCUGCCUCCUAUCCAGGUGGCUUCUCAGAGAGCUGAGAGAAUUGCUAAAGAAAAGAAGGCUCUGGCAGAGCAGCAGAGAGCUCAGCAGUUAGCUCAGCAGCAGCAGCAGGCAGCCGGAGCAGCUCCAGGGACUCCAGGAGCCACCGCUCAGCCUCAAGCCCAGCCACAGGCCGCUACUGCUGGACUACAGGCCGCUGGAGUUCCUCAGGGAACCCAGCAAGGAGCUGCCGCAGUCCCGAACACCGCUGUGCUGGCUAGCGCUAUCAAGACGGCCGCUGCUGGCACAGGCAUACAGACAGCCACUGCGGUGGGAGGGAACAUGAUCGUAAACACCGUAGCCAGUGUACCUCCAGGCCAGUUUCAGGGAAACAAGCGGCUCGCUUCUCCCGUCAUUCCCGGAGCUUUACCUGCUGCAGGUGCUGCUACAGCUCAGGUGGUUCACACCCAGCAGAGGGCUGUUGCUUCUGCCCCCGCUGCCACCCCCGCUGAAGUCGUGACCAUAGCUACCCAGGGUGUUCGUGCUGCUACCCCGGUGACUGCCUCGACUGUGGUGUCCCAGAGUCUGGCUCAGGUGCCGUCACAGGCACGCCCCAUGGUUACUCCAGGGGUACAGUUGUCCCAGGGGAAGUUCACCCCGGCUCAGCUGCAGAUUCUCAGGCAACAGCAGCUCCAGCAACAACAGCCGCAGCAGCAGCAGGCUGGUUCUCCUCAGAUCAAAGCAGUGAACAAACCACAGCAGAUGCAUAAGCAGAAGCUGCAGGUGGUGACUGCUCAGGGCCAGCAGACCACCGUUACCCAGCAGCCCCAGCAGGUCCAGGCCGCUCCGACACCCCAGACCAGCACGCAGCUCACCGCAGUGGCCACUGUGCCCAGAGCCGGAGCCGGUACCGUGCUCACUGGGACCACUGCCCCUAGCCUGCAGGUGGCCAGACUGACGCGAGUCCCGGGUACAGGCGCCGUCCAGACUCCGCCCCAGGCCCAGGUGACUCUGACCAAACCUCCUCCUGUAGUGUCUGUACCAGCUGUGGUGUCGUCCACCGGAGUCACCACCCUGCCAGUGACCGUCACUGGAAUCAGUGUGGCUAUAGGACAGACCCCGAAAACAGUCGGGAAUGUGGUAGGUCCAUUCCAGGCUCAGCAGGUUCAACAGUUGUUGCAGCGACAGAAGCAGCAGGCAGCAGUGCAACAGAAAGCAGCACAACCUCAACAAACGGUUGCAGUGCAGCAGAAGUUGACCACUCAGCAGGCGGCUCAGGCGGCAGGUCAGGGCCCACAGAAGGUGACGUACACAACCACACCGCUGCAGCAGGCAGGCAUUAAGGCUCAGUACUUCACUUCUCUCGCUGUCCAGGCUCAGAAACCUACCACUGCACAACAGAUCCAGGUCACUAAACUUCCUCAGUUAGUGCAGCAGCAGAUAGUGUCCUCACCCCAGCAGAUCCAGGCCCAGCCUCAGACAGUAACUCUGACCCAGACGGCUGCCCCGGCAGGAUCAUCUCCUCAAACUCAGGUGCAAGUGAUCCCCCCAGGCUCGCAGGUUGUCCAUCAGAAACUCCUCCAGCAGCCACAACAACAGGUUGUUGCCACACCAGCUCCCGUCUCCUCCCCUCAGAUCACGGUCCCGGCUCCUCAAAGCCCCGCCCAGCAGCAGAGCUCCGCGGUGACCCCUACAGCCGACACGUCGGUGCAGCAGCCUGGAACGCCACAGCCUCAACCGGGCAAAGCAAACGCACGCGCAGGAGCCGCAAUGCGCGCCAAAACACCCGCCAAACCCAGCGGAGGCAGCUAGACACACACACACACACACGCAGAUAAACACACUGCUUCAUCUCCUCAGAGGUGUACGAGUUCAUUCAACGGACGUCCACUGUACGUUUCCUGUCCAGUGUCCUCAUCGUCGCGUCAUUCACCUAAAACGACUCGGCAGAGACGCUCUGGAUGGCAGUGCAACAGGCUUUUUAACAUAUAUAUACACACACACACACACUCCACAGUGUGGAAGUUGUUUUACAGGACUCUUACGCUGUAAAAUGCUUGUUUUGUCCCCCCCCCUUCUACCACACCCACCUUUCUUUGUUUAUACACCUGUUGCACAUUUAUUAUCCUCGGAAGAAGAAAAUACGAAGUAUUCAUGAUGACCGUUAGGGAUGGGCAGAUUCUUGUUUUGGUUUUUGUGGCUAAUUGUCUCUGUUGUAGACGUCCCUGCCUCCGGUAGCUGAUUGGAUGUUCUCUAAUCUGACUGGACGACACACUGCCCCUCCCUACCAUCACUGUUAGAGCUGUUUUGAGCUGAUCAGAUAAACCAGGUGUGUGCGCGCAGUUCAACUACAAGCCCCAGGUUUAAGAUUUUAGAAUACCUUCUUUAAAGGUACCCUUCGUAUAGCUGAGCGUCCUUAUAGUCACGGCCAGUCAGGACCUGUAGCGUGUGAACGUCCUGUCCAGGAUGUAGAAUUAGCCGUGUGUGAUGAGCGAGUCUUUAGAGCAGUAGAGGUGUCGUGUGUAACGGACGCUCACGCUCGGCGUUUUUUAUUUAGCGAGUUGUUAGUUAGACUUGUCGUAAAACGUGUGAUUGUCACGAGGUGCACCGAUCCGCAGUGGAGCAUGAGAUCGCUGAAGAUUUAUAGUUUAUACAGGAUGAUUUAAUGAAUAAAUAAAUAAAUAAAACGGACAUCUUGGCACCACGAUGUAUCUAGUAACCAUUUCACAAAAAUACUAUCAAAGAAAAAUUCCCCCUGAAAUCAUGUUCUAAAAUGUGGGUGUAGUAUUUAAAAUGCCAGCGAGAGGAUUGGUGCAUCUCUGGUCAUCGUGUGUGUGUGUGUGUGUGUGUGUGUGUGUGUGUGUGUGUGUGUGUGUGUGUGUGUGUGUGUGUGUGUGUGUGUGAGAGAGGAUGUUAGGUUCAACUAGUCACUGGACGUUUCGUAAUAAACUGCUUACGAUGUCUCUGAUCAGCACCAGACGGAAAGGACAUUCUCCUCGUGUGUGUUUUUGUUUUUCGGCUGCACUGUAAAGUUGUGUUGUUGUAAUCUGUAAUGUUUCCUUCGUUCUUCUUCAUAUCUGUCGUUCUUUUUCCUAUUCAUUCUGAGGAACAAAUGUGUAAAUAACAGAAGGGAAGACAUUUGUAACUGUAAAGCAGUUGUGUUUUCAUUGGAUUUUUUUUUUCCAACUCUAUAUAAAAGUGUUGUUUUUUAUACCAACGCCAUGUCUCCGUUUCUGAUUCCGAGAAAAAGACUGAAAUAAAUCUUACACACGGUUUAAACUUUA